AGUCUCCCUCGAUCCAGCCUCCAGCUUCGCUCCUCGAUGUAUGUUACCGCACUGACACCCCGGGCGGGGGAUUUUUGUGUCGAAUCGCUGGGCAAAGACUUCUUGGCCCUCACUCCUGCUUGCCUCCGUCAGAUUACUUUUCACAGACUGGAGCUGGAUGGGAGGUGGAGACGCCUCCUUCGAGGCUGAAGCUGGGCAGGUCUCCAAAGGUGCAAGCAGCCACGGCAAUCCCGCAGUUCAAAGUUAAGCAACCAGUUGCACAACUUCCAGCAGCUCCCUUCAGACGGGUACGAAUGAGCUGAAAGCCAGGAGCAUCUGAGGAGGUGAAGAGGAAGCUUCCAGGUCUCUUCCCUUCACCCUAGAAAUCCAGAUAUCUCCCCCAUCCCCAGAGAACUUUGAGAUACUGUCCUUGCUGUUCGCUGGCCUGGCGGGCCAUGGCUCCCUUUGGAAGGAACUUGCUGAAGACUCGGCAUAAAAACAGAUCUCCAACUAAAGACAUGGAUUCAGAAGAGAAAGAAAUUGUGGUUUGGGUUUGCCAAGAAGAGAAGAUUGUCUGUGGGCUGACCAAACGCACCACCUCUGCUGACAUCAUCCAGGCUUUGCUUGAGGAACACGAGACUACGUUUGGAGAGAAACGAUUUCUUCUGGGGAAGCCCAGUGAUUACUGCAUCAUAGAAAAGUGGAGAGGCUCUGAACGGGUUCUUCCCCCACUAACAAGAAUCCUGAAGCUUUGGAAAGCAUGGGGAGAUGAGCAGCCUAAUAUGCAGUUUGUUUUGGUUAAAGCAGAUGCUUUUCUUCCAGUUCCCUUGUGGCGGACAGCUGAAGCCAAAUUAAUGCAAAACACAGAAAAACUGUGGGAGCUCAGCCCAGCAAAUUACAUGAAGACAUUACCACCAGAUAAGCAAAAGAGAAUAGUCAGAAAAACUUUCCGGAAACUGGCUAAAAUUAAGCAGGACACAGUUUCCCAAGAGCGAGAUAGUAUGGAGACAUUAGUUCAUCUGAUUAUUUCCCAGGAUCAUACUAUUCAUCAACAAGUCAAGAGAAUGAGAGAGCUGGAUCUGGAAAUUGAAAAGUGUGAAGCUAAAUUCCACCUCAACCGGGUAGAAAAUGAUGGAGAAAAUUAUGUCCAGGAUGCAUAUUUGAUGCCCAGUUUCGGUGAAGUUGAGCAAAAACUAGGCUUGGAGUAUGAUGAAAACCAGAUUCUGGAGGACCUGAGAGAAAGUGAUGGAAUUGUACAGCUGGAGGAACGACUAACAUAUUAUAGAAAGCUCAUUGAUAAGCUCUCUGCCGAAAUAGAACAAGAGGUAAAAAGUAUUUGCACAGAGAUAAAUGAAGAUGCGGAAGGGGCAGCUGCAAGUGAACUUGAAGGCUCUAAUUUAGAAAGUGUUAAGUGUGAUUUGGAGAAAAGCAUGAAAGCUGGUUUGAAAAUCCACUCUUACUUGAGUGGCAUCCAGAAAGAGAUUAAAUACAGUGACUCAUUGCUUCAGAUGAAAGCUAAAGAAUAUGAGCUCCUGGCCAAAGAGUUCAAUUCCCUUCAUAUUGGCAACAAAGAUGAAUGCCAGCUAAAGGAAAACAGAGGAAAGGAAUCUGAGGUCCCUACCAGCAGUGGGGAGGUUCCUCCUUUUACUCAAAGAGUAUUUAACAUGUAUUCAAAUGACACAGACUCGGACACUGGUAUCAGCUCUAACCACAGUCAGGACUCAGAAACAACGAUUUCACCUAUCUUUGGGAAGAUAUUUAGAACUUUCUUAAUAUUUCACUUUUGGAGAACAUCUAAUGUUAUUAUUUUUCAUGCCAAGAUAUUGCUGAAGGCCUCAUUUGAAGUUGGAUGGUAAGAAAAGUAGGAAUUUCCAUUCUAGGGAAACUAAGGUGAUAAACAGUAAGUAAUAACACUAACAUGGGUUUAAUUUAAAAGAAAUAAGAAGGGAAUUGAAUAGUCAUCUGAGAAAGGAAAGUUUAUUUGCCUAAUAUCCCAUUAAAUCAUUCAGCACUAUGGUAAGCUAUUGAGAUAUUUAUUGUUCACUACUGGGGAUUAAACUCAGAAGAUCAUCAUCAAAGAUAAACCAAUCGUAAUGUUUUUCUAAAGUGAAAGUCAUCUCUUUGUAUUACUCUUUAGUGAGAAAAAAAUGAAAAGAACAUUGUUAUCUGCUAUAUAAUUUGAUUAAUUAUCUGAAUUCAAAAGAGGUUCUGAUAAGAAACAGGACUAGACAGAUAAUUUCAUUUUAGAAACUGCAUUAAUGUCUGCCUUUAUACAGUUAAGCACAGUGAUGCAUUCUAGGGGCCAAUUCUAUAUUUUUAGAGUAGAUAACGUUAAAAACUCUUGUCAGAAAGCAAGACCAUCAAGUUUUAAAUUCACAUUAGAAUUUCUAUUUGUUCUUUAGUUAUAUACAAAUGUAUUUGUGCUUUUGAUUCAUUACAAUAUUAAAUCAUCAGUUACCAUGGUGAAUCUCUAAUUUAGAGUAAUAAUACAAAUAAAAAUACUAAAAUACGAUGCACUCAUCUCUGGAUACUAAGCUAUUCUUUAUCAAAUUAAGUAAGAAUUUAUAUUAUGAAUUUAUAACUUGAUAGAAACCUUAAUGUGUUAAUUAUUUAUAGAGGCUUUAAAAUAAAACGUUUAUAAAUUCUUGAGUAACCUGACAGGUUAACUAUGAAAUUGCUAUAUGCAGCUAGAAGUAGCAAACCAAAGCUGACUAAUCUUUCCUAUAACAAGACAGAUUUUCAUUGACUGUGCCUUGUUCAUCCUCCCACUUGCAAUGUCUUUUUCCUUCAUCUGCUAUACACUGAAAUCCCACCCAUUUCAGGUUUUUAACAUGUUAUCUCUUCUAUAAAGCAUAUAUUGUUCCAUUCAACCUGUUGUAAAUCUCUGAACCCACAAAUAUUUUAGUGUAUUUUUCAUAGAGGAACAUUUAUAUUCUAGCUUAGCUUAUGUUUAUUUAUGUACUUAUCUAACUUCCCUCCCCCAAUGUAUUUUUGAUUGUAUUACUUUGUCUUCUAUCUUGUUGACCUUAUUCCCUACAACAACCUCUUUGCCCCUACUCAGUUUUGGAAUUGGAUUGCUAAAUUUUAGAAGAUUGUAACCUGUUAAAAAAGUUAUUUCCAUACAUGGUAAAUGGAUGCUUGUGCAUUUUAUACAGAAAUAUGCAUUUUAGAAGACAAAAUAUUAACAGUAAUUCUACUUAUAUAUUCUUUGGGGAAAGCACUAAAUCUUAGGGUUAUUAUGAAAAAAUUUUAAAGUAGUGUCAAUUUUCUACUUUACUUUUAAUUCACAGAGUUACUGAUUUAAAACAAUGGAAAUAUUGUCUUUUUUUAAAGCCCCUCAAUGGUUAAAUUAUAGUAUUUUCCUCUGCAUCCCUUGCAUGUAAGAAAAAUUAUAUUUUAUAGAACUAGAUUUUAAGUGGUAGACACACAAAAUAACUUCAAAGUCUCUUUUAAAAAUAUCUAUUUUAUUUUCUUUUUAAUUAAAAACAUAAAUGGCCUCUCAUUAGCGUGCAGAAGCUAUUCUAAUCCAUUGAAAUUUUAUUUUUAUAUUUAUUUAAACAUCUAUUGUACAUGACAAAAUAUAUUUCUGUGGCUGCAUUUCAUAAUUUUUCUAAGUAGGAUUAUUGUUUGAUUUAAAAUAUUUUUCUAGUGACAAAGGAAUACCUUUUAACAUAGAUUUCUUUUAGUUAUUAGGCUAUUUCAUUUCAUACUACCUGAUUGGUUUAAUAACCUGAUAUGACAAAUAUAGAGUACAAAUAAUUUCUUCAAGUGUAACUGAU